AUGAACAAGUUGUAUUUGAUUCUGACAAAUGCCAAGAAAUGGAAAGACUACAAUAACCAGAGUAGGAGUACUAUAGUAGAACAUUCUGGAUCAGCGGAGAAUGAGUCGUGCCAUUUGGGUCACAACGUUCGCGAGGAAUCCAGUGAGCUUCUGAUGUUUCAACGGCCGACAGCAGUAUCACCGCAGGAUGGUCAGAAGGAGGAAGUGGGACCCGUCGCCACUCCAUCGCCAUCGUCACCCCCUCCUCCUAAGGCCAAGGUCAGCACCGAUUCCUUAGACGUGCUAGCAUUCAGUGGGCCGGCACCGGAGAGGAUCAACGGCAGGCUAGCCAUGACAGGCUUCCUGACGGCAAUAGCCGUGGAGCUAUUCAAGGGCGAGGAUGUCGGAGUGAGCGUGGAGUCGAAGUCGAAGGGGUUCAUGAGCUCCGAUGCUGAGAUGUGGAAUGGGAGAGUUCCUAUGCUGGGUUUGGUUGCUUUGGCCCUCACCGAGUAUGUUAAAGGUGGAGCCCUUGUGUAG